AGCAAAUAGGAGUGAGUGACCGGGACUCAAUGUGUUAACAUCCCUUACCUGUGGCUGUGUGGAAUGUGCCAGGUACACGCUUCAGUUUCAGGUCUUUAAUUGAUACCAGCGCAAUCAUGACGGCCCACAGCUUUUCUCUCGUCCCAUCAGAGCGAACGACACUCAUCCUGGUGACAGUCCUCCUGAUGCUGGUUUCUGAAGUCCAUUGCCAGGGCCGGCUGAAGCUGACUGUUCUGUCUGAAGAUCGGCUGCAGAUGAAAUGGAAGGAGGCGGAAGGGCUGGUGCAGGGCUAUAAGGUCCGUGUGCGACCCAUCACAGAGGUUCCUCAGCCAGAGCUGAUGCUCACAACCAUACGCGGCCGUGCAACAGUGGCAGGCCUGGACCCCAGACAGGAGUAUCUCCUCCAAGUUAUGGUGCUCAAUGGGACACAGGAGAAGCUCAUUGCAAAAAGACGCUUCACUGUCGAUGGGUUGCGUGAGGAAGAGCUGAUCCGUAGUGGGAACAGAGAGCAGAAGAAAAAAACUCACUCCAUUGGUUCUGGAUCUGGAGAGGUGGAUGACGUGACUGAGGCUCUAGCGGCCUUUCCCACUGUGCUCUACCGAGAACCAGCGACUACAGAGUCUCCUGCUGUACCUGAGCUUGAGCCAGAAGUUGACAGAAACACCAAAGAAAAGAAAAAGAAGAAAGACAAGAAUCGAUCCAAGACCGAGGAUAAAAAUGAUCAAGAAGGAAAUGGAGGGAAGUCGGUGAGAGAAGAGGUCACCAUCACCAACAAACCGAGAAAACCCACCUCAACCCAAACUGUCACAGCUGUUUCCACACGAAAGCCGUUUGAAUGCAGUGCUGGAGCUCAGGCUGAUCUGGUCCUUUUGGUAGAUGGAUCCUGGAGCAUCGGCCGCACAAACUUCAGAAAAGUGCGUGACUUCCUGGAGGGCCUGGCUGUCCCCUUUCACAUUGGACCACAGGGUGUGCAAAUAGCAUUAUCUCAGUACAGUGGAGAUCCACGUACAGAGUGGCAUCUUAAUAACUUCACUUCUAGAGAGCCGCUCCUGGAGGCCAUCAGGAACUUCAGAUACAAGGGAGGCAACACUUUCACAGGUCAGGCUCUCAUACAUGCUCUUGAGAACAAUCUGAAGAAGGAGGUGGGGGCACGACCCAACACCCCACAGUUCCUGCUGCUGCUGACUGAUGGGAAAUCUCAGGAUGAUGCUAUUGCUGCAGCCAACAGGCUGAAGAAUUCCGGCAUAGAGAUCAUUGCUAUAGGUGUGAAAAAUGCAGAUGAGGCAGAGUUGAGGCAGGUGGCGUCUGAACCGCUGGAGCUAAAUGUGUAUAAUGUGAAUGAUUUUCCUCUGCUCAGUAAACUGGUGGGAAGACUAGCACGCAUCCUCUGUGGCAAGAUUGAAGACCGCAUUAAAGCGAAGAGAAUAGAGCGUCCCACUCAGGACCCAGUUCUGUCCUAUCCCAGCCCAACUGAUCUGCAGUAUGUAGGACUAGGCUCAAGAGAGGUGCGCCUGCAUUGGACCGUCCCCAGCAAAAGACCUCAGCAAUACAGAGUGGUGUACCACACCGCUGAAGGACAGAGUCUGAAAGAGGUGGUGGUGAAUGGAACUGACUCCACAGCUCUGCUGACAGGACUGUCUUCACAGACACAAUACCACCUGUCCAUCUUUCCUGUCUAUGAGAACAAUGUGGGCUCUGCUUUGAGAGGCACCUUCACCACAUUACCAUUGGCGAUACCUGAGGCUCUAGAGGUCACCGCUUCCUCCCCUAACAGUCUGCGGGUGCGCUGGCAGCCGGCCGCAGGAGCCACACAGUACAUGGCCUUAUAUUCAGCACUCAAUGAUGGAGAGCCUGAUGAUGCCAAAGAGGUUAAGUUUGGACCUGCUCAGACGGAUGUGGAGUUGGUGGAUCUGAUGCCAUCCACAGAUUAUUCAGUCACACUUUAUGCUCUGUAUGAUGAGGAUCCCAGUGACCCAAUCACAGCCAUCGGCACCACCUUCCCAUUGCCAUCUCCUCUCAGUUUGCAGUUUCCCAUGGUCAGUCACAGCACUCUGAAGAUCACGUGGGUCCCUGGAGCUGUAGAUGUUCCUGCACACCGCAUCAUCUACAGCACCAAUCACGGCAGUGACGUCAAGCAGGUGGAGGUCAAAGGUGUGAACACAGUGUUGCUGCAGAAUCUGUCUUCCCUCUCUAGGUAUCUGGUGUCAGUGCAGUCUCUCUACGAAAAGGGCCUGUCCACUCCUAUCACAGCCAAUGUCACUACCUUAAGGGUCCCAGCUCCCUCAGAUCUGAGAGUCACUAACUUCUCUGGCAGUGACUUAACAGUGCGAUGGGAAGCUGCAGCAGAUGACGUGGUCUCCUAUCUCAUCAAAUGGAUCUCUCUCAGUGAAGGAGACCUCAGACAGUUGACAGUAGAUGGGGAGAGUGAGGGGGCAAUCUUGGAAGAGGUUGAAGAAGAUAAGGAAUAUCAGAUUUCACUCUCUGCAUUAUAUGCCGAUGGUGCUCAGAGUGAGGCUGUGGCCAUACGAUACAGCACCUUAUCUGGAGGCGGUCCGAGCAGUUUAUCCAUUUCAGAGGAGACAGCAGUCAGUAUGCUGGUCACCUGGGUUCACCCCAACGCCCAUGUGCUGCAGUACCGUGUGUCAUACACUCCACUUAAUGGGGAUGUGAGGGAAAACACAGUGUCAUUGCCAGGCAGCGAGAGGCGCGUCCUGCUGCAGAAUCUGCUGCCUGACACUCGUUACAGUGUGCUGGUGACUGCUGAGUACCGCAACAGAGAGGGUGGCAGCGCCUCAGCACAGGGGAAGACCACUAGCCUGCGGGUGAGCAGUGUGAGUGUGGUGCGGUCUGACCACUCCAGUAUAUGUGUGUCCUGGAGGCCCGUACCAGCUGUCAGUGGUUAUCGCAUUGUCAUCCAGGCUCUCAGAGAUAAACAGACUAAGGAAGACAAAGUAGAUGCUGCUAGCAGCAGCCACUGUUUCUCUGAGCUGCAGCCUGAAACUGUCUACCGCAUCAGUGUGCACUCCCAUCUGGGAACAGUAGAGGGCACUGCGGUCACUAUCCUUCACCCUACAGCAACCGCUCCAGUGAGAAUUCAGGUUCCUCCUCAACUGCAUCCCAUACAAAGAGAAGUGUGUCCUGAGACAACAAUCAGAAAUCAUGUGGUUAAAGGCUUCGACAUGAUGGAAGCAUUCGGUCUAACUCCGAGAGCUCACUCUACUAUCGAGGGUGUGGCAGCUGAACCUUUCAUCUUCAGCACCUUACCCAGUUACACCCUCUACAGAGACGUACAGCUGACCCAGAGCACAAGCUUCAUCCACCCGGCUGGCUUUUCUCCAGAACACACCAUCAGCAUGGCCUUCAGGCUCUUGCAGGAUUCACCCAGGGAGCCCUUCGCCCUCUGGCAGCUCACGGACAAUGACUUCCAGCCCAAGAUGGGGGUGGUGCUGGACCCUGAGAAGAAGGUUCUGCUGUAUUUCAGUCUGGACUACAGAGGAGAGAUACAAGAACUGACCUUUGACCAGCCACAAGUCCACUCAGUUUUCUAUGGCAGCUUUCAUAAGAUCCAUUUGUCCGUCAGUCAGGUGAGUAUAUCUCUGUCUGUAGACUGCCAGCGGGUUGGCGAGAGGCCCGCACGCCCCCUGGGAACUUUGCCCACUGAUGGUUUUGAGAUGUUGGGCAAACUAGUGAGGACACGUGGACCUCACAGUGGAUCUGCGGCUUUUCAGCUGCAGUCCUUUGAGAUUGUGUGCAACACUACUUGGGUAUCAGAAGACAACUGCUGUGAUCUGCCCUCACAGAGAGAUGAGGAGAGCUGUCCUGCCCCUGCUUAUGAAUGCACCUGCACCACCGACGUCCCUGGAGCACCUGGAGACACUGGGCCACCUGGGAGACCUGGCCCUCGUGGGGAGAAGGGAGAAAAAGGAGAGGUGGGACAAAAGGGAGAGGUGGGUCCACCUGGUAAAUCGGGCCCUGAGGGCGGCUUUGGCGCUCUUGGACCCUCUGGUCCUCGGGGAAUAACUGUAAUGGGCAAAGUGGGCCCACCAGGAGCAAGAGGGGAAAAAGGAGAUAUUGGAAGGCCUGGGAGCCAGGGUUUACCAGGGCCUCCUGGUCCAAAAGGUGAAGAGGGCAUGGCUGGUCCUAAGGGCACCAGAGGAAUGGAGGGUAAUAUCGGUAGCCCAGGAAUCCCAGGACCAAGAGGUUUCCAGGGUAUGCCUGGUCAUCCAGGGCCAGUGGGAGAGAGAGGGCUAUUAGGUUCUGUAGGGCCCACAGGUCUUUCUGGAAGUAAGGGUGAGAGAGGAGAGAAGGGUGAGCCACAGUCUCUUACCAUGAUCUACCAGCUUGUUACACAGGCCUGCGAAAAACUUGUGCACAAUGAAGUCCUGAAGUUGGAUGCUUUUCUGAACGAGAUGAAUCGAAAGCCAGUGCCCAUCCAGGAACCAGUAGCACCACCAGGAGAGCCUGGGAUACCAGGGGGAAGGGGGCCACCUGGAUCCCGAGGCCCUCAGGGUCGACAAGGAAGCAGAGGAGAGUCUGGGAAACCAGGGUACCCUGGUGAGCAGGGACGCAGAGGGGUGGCUGGUGAGAAAGGCUCUCCAGGAGCAAAUGUGGUGGGACAACAAGGAAUAAAAGGUUUUGCAGGACCUCCAGGUGAAACUAAAAUAGGGGAACCAGGUUCCAAAGGUGAGGAUGGUAAAGCAGGACCUCUAGGUAUUCCAGGAGCUUCAGGUCAGCAAGGAGAAAUGGGACCCCCUGGUAUAUGUGACAGCAGUGGAUGUUAUCAAGGACCCCCAGCUGCAGAGGAUCCCUACCUUGGAUACCAGCCUUGAGUUGAGAAGUUACUGUUUUACUGCAGCACUGCCAGAAUAAUCUCUCUGCCCAGACUUUGUAGAAAGACACUGUGUGACUUAAUGGAUAGAGAUUCUGCCAGACGCUGACUUUGAAUGAGACUGCUGAUGGACUCUUUUGACUAGAUUUUCUCCUUGUGGUAGCUGAUCUCAGCUCAAUGCUUCCAUUCUGAGAUCACCAAAGCACUGUGACCCUGUCUUUUACCCAGUAUUCAACCUGAUCUACUGCUACGAGACUACAGUAGAUUCAUGUGCAGAACUUUUUGUGCAGCACAGAGGAAAUCACAACACACUCAGACUCUAUUUUACAGAGAUAUUUUGGUAUCCAGACAAGGAACUAGUGUUACCGAACAACUGCUAAAAUCCGCACUAAGACUGUUUCUAAUAUUUAACUUUAAGUAUUUUAUUGUAUUUAAUGCACUUUGUGUUUUAAAUUUAUAUUGUUGAAGGCAUAUUACUUUCAAUGUUCUCCAUUCUUGUUUCUUG